AUGAGUUACUUAAAUCAAGACAACAAUUUGCAUCAACGUGAAAAUGGCAGUAGGACGCAGCUCUUCGAUUCCAAGUUUGAUAAUACAUCCAGCAGGCCGAGCUCUCCAUAUGAUAAAGGCGGUGAUCUAGACUACUCGCAAUCGACACUAUCAAAUUUGGAAAAUCAAAGCGAUCGUCAUGUCGGCGCUAUGAGUGAGAGAAUCAAUGCUCUCAAAUCUCUGUCUCUCAAAAUGGGCGACGAAAUAAGAGGCAGUAACGAAACUGUGGAAAAAUUGGGAAACGUGUUCGAGGGCACCAGUCAACGCCUUAAGUUGACUUAUCGCGACAUGAUGAAGAUGGCAGAGAAGUCGGGCGUACCACUUAAAACAUGGCUGUUGAUAUUCUUCAUUGUAUUUUUAUUUUUUAUGUGGAUAUGGAUAUUUUGA